AUGGUUGGAUUUUGUUAUCAUAAUGUAAUUGGUGUAGAAAAGUAUUAUGAUAAGGCAUUUGAAUGGUAUUUAAAAUCAGCAGAAAAGGAAAAUGGCAAUGGUCAAUAUAGUGUUGGGAAUUGUUACCAUUAUGGAAUUGGUACAAAAAAAAAUUACAAUAAAGCUUUUCAAUGGUAUCUAAUGUCAGCUGAAAACAUGUAUAGUAAUGUCAAAAUAGUGUUGGAUAUCGUUAUGGAAAAUAAAAUUGGCACAGAUGUCAAUAAAGCUACUAAAUGGUAUCAAAUGGCUUCAAGGCAUGGGCAUUCAAAUUCAAAUAUUGAAAUAGUACAAGUUAAAAAAACUACUACAACCAUUAAACUUUUCAAGUUUUUUGAGUUGUAA